AUGAUUGAUUUUGAUGACCAAGAGCGGAAGAUGCUUCGAACAUAUUUUGAUGCUCUUGACGAUGACGGUUCCGGAUCUAUAGAUGUCAGUGAACUCGAGGAGGUUAUGGUGGCCCUAGGACUGGCGGAAAAGUCCUCAGAUGUGGAGAAAAUGGUUGCUAAUGUUGACGAAGAUGGUUCUGGGGAAAUCGAAUUUCACGAGUUCCUUAGGAUAGUAAUAGUCACCCUGGUGUUCAAAUCUUUGAUUCGUGGCGACCUCGGCGACACCGAAAACAUUGGCUUCAAGCUCCUCACGUCUGCGUUUCGACGAAAGAGAAUUAUGGUUUGCAUUGAUGGGGAAGAAGGAGUCGGCUCAGCAGGUGAAUGA